AUGAUUUUUACUACAAACGAGUCGAUAGCUUCUUUCGGCGGUAAAAUGCUUAAACUCUCUCACGAGUCACCAAUAACUGUCUCAAAGAUGCAGCUUAAUCUUUACUUACCUCACCAGUACUUUGAUCCAGAACACAAAGAACCACUUCCCGUUCUUUUAUUCCUCUCAGGUUUAACAUCCACGCCUGAUAAUAUCUCGGAGAAGGGUUAUAUUGAGCCUUAUGCCAAUAAGUAUGGACUUGCCGUUCUUCUUCCAGAUACUUCUCCUAGACUUGAGGAUCCAAAAUUUAAGGAUGGAAAUGGUGCUGGAUUCUAUGUCGAUGCAACAACAGAUCCUUGGAGUAAGCAUUUUAAGAUGUACUCGUAUAUUCUUAAAGAUUUAAUUCCUAGUAUUGGAAAAGAAUUCUCCAAGUUGAACAUACAACGUAUGUCCAUAUGUGGACAUUCGAUGGGUGGCUUUGGAGCCAUUAUGAUCUACCUUCGUAAUCCAAAUCGGUUUAAAUCCUGUUCUGGAUUUGCUCCACUAACCCAUCCUAAAGGAUGCUUUAACGGAAAGAAGUAUUUUACCCAAUACCUUGGGCCAGAUGAAUCUAAAUGGGACCAGUAUGAUCCAUGCGAUUUGAUCAAAACCUUUGAUGGUCAAAAGACCCCAAUUUUGAUUCAUCAAGGAAAAAAGGACGAGUUCUAUAUCGAGAAGCAUUUACUUCCUGAAGAGUUUUUGGCUUCUUCUAAGGGAACCAUAAUGGACGGACUCAUCGAUCUUCGUUUCGUCGAUGAUUAUGAUCACUCUUACUACUUUGUGUCGACGUUUGUUCCAGAACAUUUCAAGUUUCAUGCGAAACAUUUAGAUUUGAUUUAA